GCCCCCUUCCCGGCCAAGGCGUGAAGCUGCGAGCGGUUCCCUGCGUCUGCUUCUCUCAGCCCCGGCGGCCUGCGGUCAUGGGGCAGGAGCCACGGACGCUGCCGCCCUCCCCCAACUGGUACUGCGCCCGCUGCAGCGACGCGGUGCCGGGGGGCCUGUUCGGUUUCGCUGCGCGGACCUCCGUCUUCCUCGUCCGCGUGGGCCCGGGCGCGGGCGUCAGCCCCGGGACGCCCCCGUUUCGAGUCAUAGGAGAGUUGGUGGGACACACGGAAAGGGUCUCUGGCUUCACAUUUUCUCAUCACCCUGGUCAGUACCACCUCUGUGCCACCAGCUCUGACGAUGGGACUGUGAAAAUCUGGGAUGUGGAGACAAAGGCAGUUGUGGCGGAACAUGCGCUCCAUCAGCAUACAAUAUCAGCAUUGCAUUGGUCUCCUCGAGUAAAGGACUUAAUAGUAUCUGGUGAUGAAAAAGGAGUAGUUUUCUGUUACUGGCUUAAUAGAAGUGACAGCCAGCACCUCUUUAUUGAACCCAGGACAAUUUUCUGUCUUACUUGUUCACCUCAUCAUGAAGAUUUAGUAGCUAUUGGCUACAAGGAUGGCAUAGUGGUUAUAAUUGACAUCAGUAAGAAAGGAGAAGUUAUUCACAGGCUUCGCGGCCAUGAUGAUGAAAUCCACUCCAUAGCCUGGUGUCCCCUGCCUGGUGAAGAUUGUUUAUCCAUAAAUCAAGAGGAAAACUCAGAAGAACCUGAAAUUCCCAAUGGGAAAAUUAUAGCACAAACUCUAGUAACAAAAGGCUGCUACUUAGCCACUGGAAGCAAAGAUCAAACCAUUCGAAUCUGGAGCUGCUCUAGAGGCCGAGGAGUGAUGAUUUUAAAAUUGCCCUUUCUGAAGAGAAGAGGAGUGGGUAUAGACCCCACUGUUAAAGAGCGCCUUUGGUUGACACUUCAUUGGCCUAGUAAUCAGGCAACCCAGCUGGUAUCCAGCUCUUUUGGAGGCGAACUUCUACUGUGGGACCUCACCCAGUCUUGGAGACGGAAAUACACUCUCUUCAGCGCUUCAUCAGAAGGGCAGAAUCAUUCAAGAAUUGUGUUUAAUUUAUGUCCUUUGCAAACUGAGGAUGACAAACAGUUGCUACUUUCCACAUCAAUGGAUAGAGAUGUAAAGUGCUGGGACGUGGCCACCCUGGAGUGCUGCUGGACCCUGCCUUCCCUUGGUGGAUUUGCCUACAGCUUGGCUUUUUCUCCCGUGGACACAGGCUGUUUGGCCAUAGGCGUUGGGGAUGGCAUGAUCCGUGUAUGGAACACACUCUCCAUAAAGAACAAUUAUGAUGUGAAAAAUUUCUGGCAGGGUGUCAAGUCCAAGGUUACAGCGCUGUGCUGGCACCCAGCCAAGGAAGGUUGCUUAGCUUUUGGAACUGAUGAUGGAAAAGUGGGCCUGUAUGACACCUACUCCAACAAGCCUCCACAGAUUUCUAGCACAUAUCAUAAGAAGACUGUAUACACUUUAACCUGGGGACCACCACUACCCCCCAUGUCAUUUGGAGGAGAAGGAGACAGACCUUCCCUUACUUUAUACAGCUGUGGAGGCGAAGGCAUUGUCUUUCAGCAUAACCCCUGGAAGCUUAGUGGAGAAGCCUUUGACAUCAACAAACUCAUCCGAGACACCAACUCAAUCAAAUACAAAUUGCCUGUACACACAGAAAUCAGCUGGAAAGCAGAUGGCAAAAUCAUGGCUCUUGGCAAUGAAGAUGGAUCAAUAGAAAUAUUUCAGGUUCCCAAUUUGAAACUGAUCUGCACUAUCCAGCAACAUCACAAGCUUGUGAAUACCAUUAGCUGGCAUCAUGAGCAUGGCAGCCAGCCAGAACUGAGCUAUCUGAUGGCUUCUGGCUCCAACAAUGCAGUCAUUUAUGUGCACAACCUGAAGACUGUCAUAGAGAGCAGUCCUGAGUCUCCAGUGACUAUUACAGAGCCCUACCGGACCCUCUCAGGGCACACAGCCAAGAUUACCAGUCUGGCAUGGAGCCCACACCAUGACGGAAGGCUGGUCUCUGCUUCCUAUGACGGGACAGCCCAGGUGUGGGAUACUCUCCAGGAAGAGCCCCAGUGUAACUUCCGAGGGCAUCGAGGACGACUCCUUUGUGUAGCGUGGUCACCUUUGGAUCCAGACUGCAUCUACUCAGGGGCAGAUGACUUCUGUGUGUACAAAUGGCUCACUUCCAUGCAGGAUCAUUCUCGUCCUCCUCAAGGCAAAAAAAGUAUUGAAUUAGAGAAGAAACGGCUCUCUCAACCAAAGCCGAAGCCCAAAAAGAAAAAAAAGCCCCCAUCAAGAGUUUCUGUAGAGCUGGAGUCAAUCGACGGGAAUGAAGAAGAGGCCAUAAAGGAGAGCUCAAGGCCUGUGGAGAAUGGCCUGUCAGUGUCAGACCGAGAGGGCGAGGAGGGAGCACGGGAGCCAGAGUCAUCCUGCAGCCUCGCUCCAGUGGUUCCCAGAGAACCAGUCAUCUGCACUCCAGUUUCCUCAGGGCUUGAGAAAUCAAAAAUCACCAUUAAUAACAAAGUCACAUCACUGAAAAAGGAGCCACCUAAAGAGAAGCUAGAAGCCUUAAUCAAGAAGAGGAAAGCUCGGUCCACACUCCCCUUGAGCACCAGCCUGGACCACAGGCCCAAAGAGGAACUUCAUCAGGACUGUCUGGUACUAGCAGCUGCAAAACAUGCCAAAGAGUUGAAUGAGGAUGUGUCUGCUGAUCUUGAGGAACGAUUUCACCUAGGGCUUUUCACAGACAGAGCUGCCUUGUACAGAAUGAUGGAGAUUGAAGGAAAAGGCCACUUGGAAAAUGGCCACCCUGAGUUAUUUCACCAGCUCAUGCUUUGGAAAGGAGAUCUGAAAGGUGUUCUGCAGACUGCAGCAGAGAGAGGGGAGCUGACAGACAAUCUUGUGGCUAUGGCACCAGUGGCUGGCUACCAUGUGUGGCUGUGGGCCGUGGAAGCUUUUGCCAAACAGCUCUGUUUUCAAGAUCAGUAUGUCAAGGCUGCUUCUCAUCUACUUUCCAUCCACAAAGUGUAUGAAGCUGUGGAGCUGCUCAAGUCAAACCAUUUUUACAGGGAAGCUAUUGUGGUUGCCAAGGCCCGGCUGCGCCCCGAGGACCCCAUCUUAAAGGACCUGUACCUCAGCUGGGGAACCAUCCUGGAAAGAGACGGCCACUAUGCCGUGGCUGCCAAGUGCUAUUUAGGGGCCACUUCUGCAUAUGAUGCAGCCAAAGUUUUGGCCAAAAAGGGGGAUGCAGCAUCACUUCGAACAGCUGCAGAGUUGGCUGCAAUUGCAGGAGAGGAGGAGCUGUCUGCAUCUCUGGCUCUCAGAUGUGCCCAAGAGCUGCUUCUGGCCAGGAACUGGGUGGGAGCCCAGGAAGUCCUGCAGCUGCAUGAGAGUCUACAGGGGCAGAGACUGGUGUUUUGCCUUCUUGAGCUACUGUCCAGGCAUCUGGAGGAAAAGCAGCAUUCAGAGAGCAGAAGCUCGUCCUCUUACCAUGCAUGGAGCGCAGGCACCCAAGGGCCCUUUGUGGAGAGGGUGACUGCAGCGUGGAAGAGCGUCUUCAGCCUUGACAGCCCCGAGCAGUCCCGGCCAGCCCUUCAGAAGUUGCAGAGCAUCGAAUACCCAUCUGCUACCAGUAACACUCCAUCCAGACAGCUCCUGCUGCACAUCUGCCACGACUUGACCUUGGCAGUACUGAGCCAGCAUGUGGGCUCCUGGGACGUGGCUGUGCAGGCGCUGCUUCGGGCUGUGGUGAGGAGCCACGACUCAGGGAAUUUUGCCAUCAUGCAGGAAGUGUGCUCCGCCCUUCUCCCUGACGGCUGUGACCACCUGAGAGACAGACUGGGUGACCGUCAGUCCCCUGCCACAGCAGCUUUCAAAAGUUUGGAGGCCUUCUUUCUUUAUGGGCGACUAUAUGAAUUCUGGUGGUCUCUCUCCAGGCCCUGCCCCAAAUCUUCCAGUGUUGGGAUGAGGCCUGGUCACAGAAGAACACCCUCUGCUGAGCGAAGCCAGCAGUUGGGCAGUGCCAGCACAGAGGACGCUGGGUCCACUGAGCCCAUGACUGCUUCUCAGCCAGAGCCAAGCUCGCCUCCAGGGCAGGACCCGAGACACCCGGGGGAACACGGACCUAUGCUUGGGGCUUGUCAGAAGCUCCUUUCAGAGAAGCACGCCGGCCUCCAGCACUCGCGGAGGACUGUCACUGAGGUCCAGGAGACCUUGGCGGAGAUGAUCCUCCAGCACCAGCAGAGUCAGCUCUGUUCCUCCACAGCGAACGGUGCCAGUGAGAGCGGUCCUGAGCAGGAAGCAGAGCGGCCCCUCUCUGGUCCUCGGAACCAGUGUAAAGAAGAAAAAGAUGAGCCAGUUUCUCUGCCUGAAUUGACCAAAAGGCUUACAGAGGCAAAUCAGAAAAUAGCUAUGUUUCCUGAGAGUAUUAAGGCCUGGCCCUUCCCAGAUGUGCUGGAGUGCUGCCUCGUCCUGCUUCACGUCGCAGCCCAGUGUCCUGGCUGUGUGACCCCAGAGGUGCAGCGGCAGGCCCAGGAGCUCCUUCAGAAAUACGGCAACACUAAAGCUUACAGAAGACACCGCCAGGUCUGCACGUGAGUGCAUGCGGGCCUUGAAGAAACUACCAAGUUCAGAGCACCGGCCGCCUUUCACCUCUGCAGCUGCACCUCAAGACACUCAACCUGUCCCUAGAUGUGUCUGCAGCAAUCCAGAGUCACGCAAGUGAGGGUGGCAUUUGAGUCAGCUCCAUGGGCCCUUGGACAGCAUGGUGUCCACCGGAGGAAAGAUCUUGAAAAGCUGGCAGUCGCUGUUGGCUCACACCUGCAGGGUGAUGGCCGGACAUCCCCAAAGCCUUAUGUGGGUUUUACCCAAAGAGGAGAAGCUUUUGUCAUCACUCAAAGUGCAGUGUUCUUACACACAAGCUACCUUUAUGAACACCUCAGCCAACAUGACAUGCAUUGUUGUCUGAGGUGAGGUUGCUGCAUUUUAUGACAACAGUUUUUUUAAUUGUUCUGUUAACCCAGGCUGUCCCGCUCUACUCGUCCCAAGACUGAAGUCUGAAUGGGAAACAGGCUUCAGCCAUCAUGUGGACCCUUCAUCCUGUCAACUUCAGGUUGGAAAUGUGGCUGCUUUGGACAGAUCUCUUACUAAAGCUUUAGAGGAACAAAAAACUGAUUCACAUGUGUGUUUUCCCUCUGUUUUAUAAGAAAUGAUUGAUGGCAAUUAAAUAGCUCAGGAUGAAAUUA